GCUUGCCGACUGGGACUUUUGCCUAGAGUUCAAAGAAGAUUGUCCGAAAAGGAACGCCAACAGAUUCGAUCCGGGUCGGUUUAUGUCUGGGAUGAGAGGGAAGCUGGCAUGCGGAGGUGGACUGAUGGAAAGUCAUGGAGCGCCAGCCGUGUGUCUGGGAGUUUUUUAACAUACCGCGAGAUGGAAGGCAAGCGACGGAAUGGUUUUGGGAACUCGAGGAGGGGGCUGGGAGAACUCCGGAUUCUUGUCGUGGCAGUGAUGAGGAUCAGGAUGAUGGGGAGCCAGACAGUUUGGCGGCUGGUAUAG